GGGGGCGACUCCGCCGGCGCCGGGCUUGCUGCUGGGCUCCGAGUUCUGGGGAGAGGCGGCUCUUCUGCAAGUACAGCUGCUCCCUCCCGGGCACGAGGCUCCAGGGUUUUGGCCAGAGUGGUGGUGGGCCGCGCGCUCGCCGCUCCGGAGGCGUUCGCGGCCGAGGCGGUGCUUUCCGAUCCUGGGGACAUCUAUCUGGAACCAGAAAGCAAUGCAGCAAGUGUUGGAUAACCUUACCGAGCUGCCCUCAUCUACAGGAGCAGAAGAGAUAGACCUAAUUUUCCUCAAGGGGAUUAUGGAGAAUCCUAUUGUAAAAUCACUUGCUAAGGCUCAUGAGAGGCUAGAAGAUUCAAAACUAGAAGCUGUCAGCGACAAUAACUUGGAAUUAGUGAACGAAAUUCUCGAAGAUAUCAGUCCCCUCGUCAGUGUGGACAAAAACGUGGCAGAGCUGGUUGGGAUUCUCAAAGAACCCCACUUCCAGUCGCUCUUGGAGGCCCAUGAUAUUGUGGCAUCAAAGUGUUACGAUUCGCCUCCGUCCAGCCCGGAAAUGAAUAAUUCUGUCAAUAAUCAGUUGCUGCCCGUGGACGCCAUUCGUAUUCUUGGCAUUCACAAAAGAGCUGGGGAACCAUUGGGUGUAACAUUUAGGGUUGAAAACAACGACCUGGUCAUCGCCCGAAUCCUUCACGGAGGCAUGAUAGACCGACAAGGGUUGCUUCAUGUGGGAGAUAUCAUUAAAGAAGUCAAUGGCCACGAGGUUGGAAACAAUCCAAAGGAAUUACAAGAAUUACUGAAAAAUAUUAGUGGAAGUGUCACCCUAAAAAUUUUACCAAGCUAUAGAGAUACAAUUACUCCUCAACAGGUGUUUGUGAAGUGUCAUUUUGAUUAUAACCCAUACAAUGAUAACCUGAUACCCUGCAAAGAAGCAGGACUGAAGUUUUCGAAAGGAGAAAUUCUUCAGAUUGUCAACAGAGAAGAUCCAAACUGGUGGCAGGCUAGCCAUGUAAAAGCGGGAGGAAGCGCGGGUCUCAUUCCAAGCCAGUUCCUGGAGGAGAAGAGAAAGGCAUUUGUUAGAAGAGACUGGGACACUGCAGGCCCUUUUUGUGGAACCAUAAGUAGCAAGAAAAAGAAAAAGAUGAUGUAUCUCACAACCAGAAAUGCAGAGUUCGACCGUCAUGAAAUCCAGAUCUAUGAGGAGGUAGCCAAAAUGCCCCCCUUCCAGAGAAGGACGUUAGUAUUAAUAGGCGCUCAAGGUGUGGGGCGAAGAAGCCUGAAAAACAGGUUCAUCGUGUUGAAUCCCACCCGGUUUGGAACCACGGUGCCGUUUACCUCGCGGAAACCAAGGGAAGAUGAAAAAGAUGGCCAGGCGUAUAAGUUCGUGUCACGGUCUGAGAUGGAAGCAGAUAUUAAAGCUGGAAAGUAUUUGGAACAUGGGGAAUAUGAAGGAAAUCUCUAUGGAACCAAGAUUGACUCUAUUCUUGAAGUUGUCCAAACUGGGCGAACUUGCAUUUUGGAUGUCAACCCACAAGCCCUGAAGGUCCUGAGGACGUCUGAGUUCAUGCCCUACGUUGUAUUCAUCGCUGCUCCAGAGCUAGAGACGCUGCGCGCCAUGCACAAAGCUGUGGUGGACGCUGGCAUCGCCACCAAGCUUUUGACGGACUCUGACUUGAAGAAAACAGUGGAUGAAAGUGCCCGAAUUCAGAGAGCUUACAACCACUAUUUCGAUUUGAUCAUUGUAAACGACAAUCUGGACAAAGCCUUUGAGAAACUGCAAACUGCCAUAGAGAAACUGAGAAUGGAGCCGCAGUGGGUCCCCAUCAGCUGGGUCUACUGAUGAUUCAAUAAGGUUCACAAUUAAAGUACAACUUUUAGAAAGUGACUACAGCAAAUAUGCCUUCUACUGAGAAAACGUGUGUGCAGGUAGAAGGCAUCUGCCAAGUCCAGGCAUUUUUACUGUGUAGAUUGAAAUACCAGUACACUAUUCUGAAUUUUUAUAGACAAUGUGGGCGGGAAGGUGUACUAAAAUAUAAUUUAUCUUAAUUUUUCUAACUUUUUAUGGACAAUCUAUUCAUAUCACAUAAAGAAAUGCGUUGAAGCAUUUUGUAAUAUGUUUUGAUUUAGUACCCUUGCCUUUUUCAUCACAGGAAUUUUCAACUCAUUCAUUUGAACAUUGGUCUCACAUUUCCACUGUGAUAAUGAAUACUUGAAAUAGUUUUGUAAAGUUGUCAUUUAGUUCAGUAUUUAACUAGUGAUGGGUCUCUGAUUGGGAGAAAAUGGUAGUUAUUGGCCUUCUUUCCUAAUAUAAUUUCUUACAGAAGCAGAACUUCAAUAUCAGUGCUACAGCAAGUCUACGACCAUCCAAGUCUGACAUCAGAAGUCUGCUCAAAGCUACAUAGUUUUGUUAUUUCAGAGAUGUGUGGCUAUCCAUACUGAUUUAUAUAGAUAAACCAAUAUAGCGGUAUAUUUCCCCCUCCAUUGAUAUAAAUGAAGAGCAAUACCUUGCACUCUCAUUUGUUGCAAAGACAGGCUGAUGCUAAGUUACCAUGUACACAGCAAGCGAGGCCGGGCAGGCUCAGAGAGUGCCUUCAAUAAACCUUACAGCAAAGUGACACCGUUGAUUUAUUUUCACAGGUAAAAAUUUAACUGACAAAAAUGACCGUACUUCUUCAAACAGGUUUUUACUAGGAUGUGGUCAGCAAAUGUAUCAUGCCUCUGCAUAUUUCUGUGAUGCUUAAAAAUGCCUCUCAGUGUGCCGUUUCGGAGGGGCUGUGAGCAAUCAAUGUGCUUUUUGAAGUAUGAUGUGAUCAUUAAGGUAUUUGAUUUGUGUUGAGAACCCAAUGCACUGAAUGAUUUUUAAAACUUGGAAAUAAUGGUCAGCUGUUGUAUCUAUAUAUAACACAUACAUUAUAUAAUAUGUACAUUGUAUGUAUUAUAUAAUAUAUUAUUAAAUAAUAUUUUAAUUUUUUUUACAUUUCUGUAAGGAAAUGCACUUCUUUGUUUAAUGGUUUAGUCCUCCUGUAGAUGCAUUAAUAUAUACCGAUUUCCAAAUUGACCUCAGUUAAUACCUUCCUUUAGGAUUCUCGGAUGGCGUAAAUUCUUCCUGAAACGUAUUCAGAGAUGCAGCUCGUCAUCCCACUAAGUCAGCCGUACUUUAUAUUGCUGCUAACUUCUCACAUAAAAGUACUCACACUUAAAGGGUUGGGUGCUUAAGUGUUGGUGGUUGUCUUUGUCUGGUGGUAGGCACCAGGCACCUGGCUGCUGAAUUUGUUUCCCAUCACCAGGGCUGUCACAUGGGGUGGCCACGGGGUGGCCAUGGGAGGGCUGGAAGGGGGAGGACAUGCGUGGUGAUGAGUGGUGCGCACCCUUUGUUUUAAAUCUUUUCACAGUGAAGUGAAACUCUCAAGUUGCUGUAUUGUUAAAUUGGAAAUCCAUAGGUAUUUUUAAUUUCAGAAUUUCAUAUCCAGAACACAAACUCAUCUUCUUUGUCCUAGGAUAGGAAAUUGGUGGAAAAACAGAUCACAUUCUUUUAAUAACUUUGAUAACUUUUAAACCACAUGUAUUUACAUCACAUUGUUGGCUUCUCAGAGCAGCGUGAAUCCAAGCAGUGUCGAGGUGAGGUCCUAUGACUUAGUGUUCCCACACACUGUACAUUUUAAGAAAAAUUUCAUUUCCACAUUCUCCUGUGUGCCUUCAUCUGUGAAUAGCUUUGGGAUCCUUGUAGCAGCACAGUUUAUCCACAAAUUAUUUCAGUCAUGUUGGCAAAAUAGAGACGACUUUUACAUCAUAUGUAUUUUUGGCUUUAUCAUAUUAUAUAAAAUGCAUAUUAUUUAGAAAAUAGUCUUACACGUAAAGGAGUUAUUUCUAUUAUAAAUGGUACUCAUCACUACUCAGUUAAUACACACUAGCUCCCUCCUGAUAUGAAAUAAAACGAUGCAGUUUAGUUCAUUUCAGCCCAGAAGCCAGAGUUGAAGGGAAUACAUUUAGAAAAGUUCAUAUCUCAAUAAAGAGUCAUUGAACUUGAAACUCAAGUCCCAUCUGAGUCUGCAGGAACCAGCAGAGCUCUGCAGGGCAAGGAGUCCCAGCAGCGCAGCAGUGAGAGUGGCCUGAGAUGAUUAGCUUUCCCAAGGAAAAGGUGGUUUCAAGUGAUCUUGAACAAUUGCUGAUAGUUAUGCUUAUGUUUUUGGGAAACACAAUGUGCCUGUCAGGACAUUAAUGCACCUGAGGGAGGAUUCCUUGUGGGCAGGUGGGGGCACGACUAUUUAUAUACAACUAAAUAUAUUUUUUUCAGUUUCAAAUGCACAGAUAUCCAGAGUUGAUGACUCUGGUUAAGUAAUUUAACUCUAACUACUGGAAUGUAUGUGAUGUGCUAUAAGUAGAAUUUCACCUUUCUUUCAGCCAUGACCUGAUCGUGCAACCACGAUUUCUGUUUGAUGCUUGGGUAGUGUCAGAUAUCCAGUACAUCAGGGCUGGAUUUACUCUGGCUAACUCUAUACAGUUGCUGAAUGCAGCUUACUGAAAACCAUUAUCAUAAACCUAGUAUGACUACAGCAAAAGUGGCCGGAACCUAGAUUCUAGAAUCUAGUAAAAUUUAUUUAUAAUUGCUUAUAAGGAUGAGUUUUCCUUAAAAGAACAAAUUGGUUAUUAAUACAAAUUUAGAAAAUGCAGACUAGCAAUAAAAUACAAUCGUGGCAUUACAGAUUAUGGCCAGAUAGAUACUAGCUGCUUUGACCAUAAUAUCCCAAUAACGGUAAAAGGUGAUCUUUACUUUAAAAAUUUAUUAAAUUGGUACUUAUUUUUAUGUAUAAUAAGUGUCAUGAUCAUGAUGGGGGUUGAUUUUCAAGAUAGAUAGCCAUGGGGUUAUUAUUUUGAAUUGGCAAACACUGAACAUAAAAGUUUGAAAAUUGGUCAAGGUAAUGAUCUGCUUAACAUUGUGCUUUACAACUUUUGAAAAAAACGCUCCAUUUCCCAGAAAUCACAGGCUAGACAGCCAAUAAUUUUGUA